AUGACAUACAGCGCUCCUGCUUCCUGGGGGUGGGGGGAGCCCGGCCCCAGCAGCACAAUCUGGACAGGGCGGGCACUGCAGCCUCCUCCCGCAAAUCCCCGGGACCUCUUCUGCCGGCUCCAUCUCCUGUCAAGCAGCUUGGAGGAGCGGAGGGAAGCCCGGGCGAGGGCCGGGGCGCAUGGAAGCUAGAGGCGCCGCCGCUCGGCCACCAUGGACGGCUACCCAGAGCGCAGCCCCGAGGGUGGCAACAUCUUGGGUACCAACAGUGUCCUGGACCAUCCAGACUGGCUCACCCACCUUGAUUCCCGGUUGCGGAACCAGGAAGAGGAGCUGACCCUGGUGAAGUCAGCCUUGGCAGAUGCGUUGCGGAGACUCAGCUUCUAUGACCAGCAGAUCCCUCUGCUCAGGAGACAGGUGCUUGAAGCAAACUCCCUCACUUUAGAAGCCAGCAAUGACCCUACAGUCCUUUCACAAGACAAUGGUGCCUUCAGGAUCCUGCCUCCUGCCCUCUCCAAUGAUUCCAGUUCACCUGCCACCCAGCAAACAGGAGGCUGUACAGAGCCGCUUCCUGGAGCCAAAAGGAUGCCGGGGUCGAGGGUCACUGUCGGGACACAGACGGAGGAGUCAGCUACGCUGGUGCCGAGACAAGGACAAAGCCUGGUCAAUGGGCAUGACAGGGGAGAACCAGUCCAUGUCCCCACUGAUACAAGGGAAAGAGACUGCAUCGGUGGCCCAGCUAGCGGUGGUCAUCCAGACCUGAUUAAGAACUCCUUUGGAAUACAAGGUGCUGGUGUGGACCUGGGCUUUGCCUCGGAGGGACAGAGUCUUCCGAAGGAACUCCAGACCCAAAGAGAUGGUUGCUCCAUCCCCGAUGCUUGCUUCGAUGAAGCUGAAGACGUUGGAGGGUCUCCCUCCGAAGACAGCACUGAUAAAGUGACAAGCGUGGCCCGGUCCCAACCCUUGGCUCAGCCACUGGGGCAUGAGACACCAUCCCUCGGGUCUCUGUCAGAAGGGAGCAGCAACAGCAGCACCCCUGCCUCCCCAGUGCCAGCUGUUCAGAGCAUGAUGGUCAGCAAGAAAGAACUGCUGCGAAGAAACAGCUCUUCUGACAAGCCCACCAAAGCCAAGCAGCGCCUCACCAAAAAGGCGGCUUCCUCAGCAAACCUCUUGAACCGCUCCAGCAGUCUUGAGAACCGAAACAAGGAUCCCACUCUGAGUCCAGGGCCACUGAGCACCCGAAGGAUGAACUAUAAUCAAGAAAGACUUUCCGUCAAGAUGUUCCUGCGUGGCCGGCCCAUCACUAUGUACAUCCCUUCUGCUUUCUUGAACUAUGAUGACCUGCGCAUGGAGCAGCCAUCCGAGAAGCUGCAGUUGGACUGGGUCUAUGGUUACCGAGGUCGCGAUUGCCGUUCCAACCUCUACGUGCUGGCCUCAGGAGAGCUGGUCUACUUCAUAGCCUGCGUAGUUGUCCUCUACCAUGUGCAGAAUCGCACACAACGGCAUUAUCUAAAGCACACAGACUGUGUACGCUGCCUAGCUGUGCAUCCGGACAAAGUUCGCGUCGCUUCGGGGCAGAUGGCUGGUGUGGACAAGGAUGGCAAGCCUCUGCAACCCUUUGUUCAUAUCUGGGACUCAUCUACCCUUCUCCUGCUGCAAGAGAUUGGGCUGGGAAGCUUUGAGAGAGGAGUUGGAUCGCUUGCCUUCUCCACUGCAGAUGAAGGAAUGUACCUGUGCGUGGUGGAUGAGUCCAACGAACACAUGCUGUCCAUUUGGGAUUGUUCCCGUCCUACCAAGCUAGCUGAAAUCAAGAGCACCAACGAAUCUGUCCUGACGGUAGAGUUCAACCCACAAGACAGCAGCAACAUCAUCACCACCGGAAAAUCUCACGUCUAUUUCUGGACCUGGAGUGGAAGCAGUUUGACGAAGAAACAGGGCAUCUUUGGGAAAUACAAGAAGCCCAAGUUCAUCCAGUGCUUUGUGUUCGACACCAACAGUGAUGUCCUCACUGGCGACUCUGAGGGCAAUAUCCUGACGUGGGCCAGGGUGGCAGCUGAUGUCCGAACGCUGGGCAAGGGAGCUAAAGAGACGUACCAAAUCAGCAAGCAAACGCGGGCCCAUGAAGGCAGCAUCUUCUCCCUAUGCCUGUGCCAGGAUGGCACCGUGCUCAGCGGCGGUGGCAAGGACCGGCGUCUUGUCCAGUGGAGUCCCAGCCUCACCCUGCUCCAAGAAGUGGAGAUCCCUGAACAAUUUGGUGCUGUGCGUACUAUCGCCGAGGGCAACGGCGGGGACCUGCUAGUGGGAACAACACGAAACGCCCUGCUGCGAGGGAGCUUUGCAGACGGCUUCCGACCUAUUAUCCAGGGGCACACGGAUGAACUGUGGGGGCUGGGCACUCACCCUUCAGGAGACCUUUUUGUCACCUGCGGCUACGACAAGCAGCUCUGCAUGUGGGAUGGUGGGGAGCACACGCUCGCUUGGAGUGUCACCUUAGAGGAAACAGGGCUCUGUGCUGACUUCCAUCCCAGUGGGAAAGUGGUCACUGUGGGGCUGAGCACUGGACGAUGGGUAGUGCUGGACACAGAGACGCAGCAGGUCUUAUUGACCAAUACUGAUGGAAACGAGCAGCUCUCUGUAGUGCGUUAUUCACCAGAUGGGGAGUUCUUGGCCAUCGGCUCCCAUGACAACUUCAUCUAUAUAUACAGCGUGGAAGAAAGUGGGCAUAAAUACACCCGCUUUGGCCGCUGCACGGGACAUUCCAGUUUCAUCACGCAUCUGGACUGGUCCAAGGAUGGAAAAUUCAUUAUGUCCAAUUCCGGGGACUACGAAAUCCUGUAUUGGGAUGUGGCUGGGGGUUGCAAACUGCUGAGGAAUCGCUUUGAGAAUAAGGAUCGUGAAUGGGCUUCCUACACCUGCGUGCUUGGCUUUCAUGUUUUUGGUGUGUGGCCUGUUGGCUCGGAUGGCACCGACAUCAACUCACUUUGCCGAUCCCACAAUGAGCGGGUGGUGGCUGUAGCAGAUGAUUUUUGCAAGGUCCACCUCUUCCAAUACCCCUGUGCUAAGCCCAAGGCACCGAGCCACGAAUACGGGGGACACGGAAGCCACGUCACCAAUGUGCGUUUCACACACAAUGACGGCUACCUCAUCUCCAUGGGUGGCAAGGACACCAGCAUCUUCCAGUGGCGCGUGCUAGGAGGGAGCCUUCCUCGCAGCCGUUCCCUCUCUUCUGCCUCCAUCUCCUCCCAGGAUGCCGGGGCCAGCACCUGAAGCUGCAGGGCGGGGGGACAAGUACAGUGACUUCAGUCUUUGUGUGAAGGGUUCACGGGGGAGCGAUCGCCCAUUCCAUGACUGAUUCCUUGGGAUUCAGGUUCUGAAAUGGAUGGAGCCGUGGGACGUCGGGAGUCUCUUUCCCCUCCCAACAUGAUUUACUCGGGCUAACAAUGUGAUUCGCUUUAUUAACAUGGGGGUGGGGAGUAGCCAGAAUGAUGGGCAUUCCUGGGUAUGGAAGAACUGGCUUCAUGAAGGAAAAUGUCUGUGACAUUGUGUGUCAGAAGGUGGAGAGUUGUUAUCUCUUAAGUGGGAGGUUUUGGACGGAAGGGCUCCUUUGUGGAAGAGGAACCGCAGGCUCAAGGGUUGUUUCAGUGAACCCACCUGUACCCCUUCUUGACUCUGCUGGUAUAGCCUUGCCCUUUACACGCCUCAAAGCAUCUGCAUUCUGAAUGAUGGGGAAAUGCAAGUUGUCUCCAUCUCUUGGGCCCUUGUGCUUCCAUGGCUGCAGCUGCAACUUUCUGCACCUCGUUUACAUUCCUAGUGACUCUGUCAGAGGCCGGAGGGAGUGAGGGGAAGGCCUUAACACUGUGAGAGACGCAGAGAAAUAAACCUUUGCAUUCCAUA